CAAUGAAACAAGUAUGGUAAAGUUUUAAUCAAAUCCUAUGUAAAUGUUGACCUAACCAUGGUUUAAGGUUUUCAUUUUUGCACCUUUUCUUUUUCUCUCUUUCAUUCGACACCUUAAAACUCUCUCUAUCUCUCUCUCUCUUACCCUACCCUACACACAAUCACGCCACACUCCUCUCUCCUUCAAUUUUCACACACGCACCACACCACCCCUUCCUUCACGUUCUCAAUCACCACCACCAACAAAAACAAAACUCCCUUAAUUCUUUGUUUCAUUUUCCGAAAACCCUCUUCUUUUUCCUUAAUGUCUGUUUCAGUUUCAUCACUCGCCACCACCAUUGCUUUCUUCUCUUCCCCUCCUACCACCUUAUAUACUUUUCCCUUUUGAGAUGGGUUCGAAAAACCGCAUGUUAUCAUGGGAUGAGCAAGAUAAAUCCAUGCUUCAAACUGUUCUUGGUGCUCCAGCUUUUCAUUUCUUGAUGACAAAUUGUUUAUCCAAUGAAACUGUCUUAAUUGCUGUUGGUGGUAGUGCUACUGCUGACUCUCUUCAGAACAAACUCUCUGAUCUUGUCGAGAAUUCAUCCACUUUCAAUUGGAACUACGCUAUUUUCUGGCAACUUUCUCAAUCAAAAUCCGGCGAUUAUGUUCUUGGUUGGGGUGAUGGAUGUUGCAGAGAACCAAACGAAGAAGAAGAACAAGAGAGUGGAGUUUUAGCCCUUGGGAGAAAUGAAGAAGAAGAAAGGGUUGAGCAGAAUAUGAGAAAGAGGGUCUUACAGAAGCUACACACAGCUUUUGGUGGUUCUGACGAAGACAAUUACGCUUUUGGCCUUGACCGUGUAACCGACACAGAGAUGUUUUUUUUAUCUUCUAUGUACUUUUCUUUUCCUAAAGGGUAUGGUGGACCCGGUAAGUGUUUUGAUUCUGGUCAAAAUUUAUGGUUGAAAUCUGUUUCUGAUUACUGUGUUCGUUCUUUCUUGGCUAAAUCUGCUGGAAUUCAAACGGUUGUUUUACUACCUACUCAUUUUGGUGUUCUUGAAUUGGGUUCCGUUAGAGUCUUACCCCAGAGCUUUGAAUUGUUGAACAAUGUUAAGUCAUUGUUUUCACUUUCAAAUUCUAUCACACAAUCGUCGUCAUCAUCAUUAUUGUUGUAUCCUAGUCCUAGUGUGAUCAACGAGGUAAGAGAUGAUGAAAGUGGGAUUUCAAAUGGUGUUCAUGUUCCACCAAAGGUUGCUUUGAAUUUGAACAAUGGUCGUUCACAUUUUAGAGAGAAACUUGCUAUUAGGAAAAUGGAUAGUAGCAUUAACUUUCCUAGUUCUAGAAAUGGUGUUUCUGGUUCUACUAGUUGGGGAAAGAGUCAAGGUCAAGGUGAAGUUUUUGGUUAUAAUAAUGGUGUGAGAAAGGAUUUUAGCAACUAUCAACCACAAAGGCAGCUGGUUCAAAUGCAAGGGCUAAUUGAUUUUUCGGGAGCGAAAUCGAGGGCUAAUUCUGUGAGACCGGUUAUUGGUGAAUCGGAAGUUGCUGCGGCUGAUGUUGAGGCUGAUCAGCCUAAUGAUGAAAAGAGACCGAGGAAGCGCGGAAGAAAGCCUGCAAGUGGUAGGGACGAGCCUCUCAAUCAUGUGGAGGCCGAGAGACAAAGACGUGAGAAGCUUAAUCAGCGUUUCUACGCCUUAAGAGCUGUUGUACCGAAUAUUUCCAAGAUGGACAAAGCCUCUCUACUCGGUGAUGCCAUUGCUUACAUCAACGAGCUUCAAGCGAAACUCAAAAUCAUGGAGUCCGACAAAGAGACAUCCGGAAGCAGCACUUCGAGGGAUGGAUCAUCCAACUCAAGAUCAGAAAAUCGCCAUCAAGUUCCUCCUCCUCACGACGUUGAUAUUCAAGCUUAUCAGGACGAAGUAAUUGUAAAGGUGAGUUGUCCUAUCGAUACUCAUCCUAUUUCGAAAGUAAUCGAAACAUUCAAAGAUGCACAAAUCAGUGUAGUUGAGUCGAAACUCGCUGCGGCAAACGAUACUAUCUACCAUACAUUUAUAAUUAAGUCAGAAGAAUCUGAACAACUCACAAAGGACAAGUUGAUUGCAGCGUUUUCCGGCGAAUCCAUCUCGUUACAAACACAAACUUUGUCCAUAUAGGCAUCAUACAUAGAGAAGGAACCAAUUUCUAAACCUUCCUAAGAAAUUUUUGUUGUGCAGGUGAAAAACCAUCUUAAGAACAAAGCAGUGGCAACUAGACAGAAGUAGAAUAAUAUAUAGCUAGGUUGUAUUAGUAUUAACACACCUGUGUAUAGGACAACCAAUUUAUGUUUGUCUAUAGUAUACACAAGUUUAAUCAUCAGAAACAUUGUUCCUCCAAUGUUGAUUGUUUUAUUUAUGUCUUCUCUCAAGUUCUAA